AUUACAAAUAUCAUCGUCAUCAUUAUUAUGUACGGCUCCAAGCUUUCAAGUGACAAGGAACAGCAGGUGGAUGUGAUCACCAACAAGCUGCCAACAAACAACAAUAAUGAGAACAAUACACCAUCUUCAUCAAACAUGAAGGUGUUUACUGGUUUCUUGUCGGGUGGACUGGCCUCUGUCACUGCUACAACAUUUACCAAUCCAAUCGAAUUAGUAAAGACAAGGCUACAACUGCAGGGUGAAUUGAAAAUGUCGGCUCGAGUCUACACUGGCAUCGGUGAUGCCUUUGUCAAGAUAUGGAAGGCUGAGGGACUGCUUGGUUUGCAAAGAGGAUUGUUCCCUGCAUAUUUGGCACAAGGUACACUCAAUGGAUGCAGACUUGGAUCAUACGAUUCGAUCAAAUGGAUCGUCGGAGCAGACCCUGACAAGAGCAACUACUUUAUCAAGAAUCUGAUUUCAGGUGCCAUGGCUGGUGCAUUCGGUGCAUCCAUGGGUUCACCAUUCGAUUUGGUCAAAGUCAGAAUGCAGGCAGCAAGAAUGUUUCCAAAUGAUCCACAGUUCAAGGAGUACACAUCCACCGCAAGAGCAUUUAGACAUAUUAUAGCCACAGAGGGUCUGAGAGGACUGACAAGAGGCAUGGCAACAUCGGCUCAAAGAACAGCAGUUGGAUCAUCAAUACAGUUGUCGACUUACUUUGAGACGAAACGAUUCGUCAUGCGAAACACAGGUCUGGAUGACAAUCUGACAGCACACCUGUUGUCGAGUAUGGUGGCAGGCCUGUUUGUGACGAUUGGCAUGAACCCAUUCGAUGUUGCACGUACACGUCUCUAUUACCAAGGUCAAGGCAACACACAUGGCGAGAAGUAUAAGAGUUUGGCCGAUUGUAUUAUUAAGACGGUGAAGGUGGAAGGAUUCCUCGCCCUGUACAAAGGAUUCCUUGCACACUAUCUACGACUUGGACCACACACUGUACUUACAUUAGUAUUCUGGGAGCAAUUUAAAGUUCUGUUUAACAAGAUGGAC